AUGGCAUCAAGAAACAGAGCACAUGCACUCGUUAACAUAAUUUGCAAUCCAACUGAACCAGAGAAUAUGGCAUCCAUGUCUCAUACACCUGUUUCUGUUUUGGUAAAGAAUGUCCUAACAGAACCACAUUCUUUUGAAAGGAUUGAAUCUCAGUUAGGGGAAAUUUUACUAACUGCAGACAAUGACCUCAUUCAAUUAGAAGACCUAGUGGCGCUUGACUCACCGUCGCUAUUAGAAACACCGUCUCCGAGGCCAACUUCACCACCACCUGUGAGAGAUGCUUGUGAGGACUUUUCGCCUGAUGACGACAGCGAUUACGAACCACCCAAUGAUCGUGGUGCUUUAAGUUCAGAUUCAGAAAAUAUCCCUCCAAAUGAAGAGACUCUGCAAACGAACGAAGAGGUAGUUCACUUUGGAGAUAUGUUUGAAGGCCGACGUAGACAGAGACUAGCUCAACCCGAAAGUUGGAAGAAAAGUAUUACUAAACGGUUAAGGAUGGAGGGGAAAGAGUAUGUCGGUUACAAAAGACCAAAGGGUGAGAAAGUACAAAGCCAAAUUCGAAACCAAAGGAUCCUUGGCCCUAAAUGCAAUUCAGAUUUUUGUAGAAAUAGUAAGUUGAGAUGUUGUGAUGAAGUAGGGGAUGAGGACAGAGAGAAGAUAUUUCGACAAUUCUGGAGCAAUAUGGACUGGCAUCAACGAAAAGUGUAUGUAACUAACAACAUAACUUUUCAGGAAAAAGAAAAAAAUGCAGAUCCUUACGCUAGAAAUAAAUUCAAUCAAACUAUCAAAUCGAAGAAUAUAGCUAUCCACACAAUAAAGAAGGACAUGUGUGAUGUUUGUGUAGGUCAUCAGAGCGGUAAUGUAAGCGAAAUUGACUACCAAACACAUCUAAGAAGAAAAAAUCGAGCCCGUGAAGAAAAAUCUAUGGAUAAAAGUGAGGCGAUCAAGUGA